AUGUUUCUCAAUCAAAGUCCAUAUAGGAAUGUACCACAUCAAAAUAUACCUAUUACUACUAUCUAUGUUGAUCCUAACAAAUACUAAUUGCCAAACAUUUAGUAACCAAUUAGAUAUCAAUAAUCUCCAAGCACUGAUUAUGGCUAUAGAGAUUCUCAACUUUAACAUUAAUUUUAAGAUUUAGCCAAAAAAUAUGUAUGCAUCUAUGUGUGAUUUGUUAUUUAGCAAGAUUUAUAAAAUGAAAAUAAUUAAUUAUUAAGAUAGCUGUCAGAUAGGCCUUAUAUUGGUUAACCUGAACUUUUGAAUUAAAAAUUGGUAUUAUUAUAUUGAUAUAUAUCUUAGUAAAACUAUGCAAUUGAAAAUGAAAAGCUAAGAUAGCAAUUAACAUACACAUAUGAAUUGUAAGAGAAGUUAACACUUGUUACCAAUUAAUUGGAAAAGGUUAAUGAAGCAUUAAUGCUAUCAAAUUAAGAGAACUAACAAUUAUGUUAAUAAAUUAAUGAAUACAAGAAUUAAUAAACUUAUGUGUAUUAAUUGAACUCAACUAUUCAAACAUAAGAAAUUUAAUUAUAAUAAAAGUAAGAGUAAUUUAGAAAUUUAUAAUAAGAGAUAGAUUAUUAUUAAUAAAUAUUUCAGUAAAAAGCAUCAGAAAUAUAAUAAGCAUAAUUAGAAAUCAAUAGAGUAAUUGGAUAAAAUUAAGUAUUAUAAUAAGAAUUAGAAUAACAGAAAAGAAAUUGUUUAAAGUUAAAAUAAGAAAUUGUUGGAUUAUAAGUUGAAUAAAAUAAUUUUAUAUAAUUAAGACAUGAGAAUAUGUAAUUAAAUGAAAAGAAUUAGGAAUUAUUAAGAAACUAUGAAUAAUAAAAAGCUUUAAAUUAAAAUCUAAUAAUGGAAUUAAAUAAAUCAUAAUAAAUUGAUUCAUAUAUUGAUUAAUUAAUAGAUUAAUUAAAUGAAUAAAGAUCUAAAAUAGAAUUUGCUAGUAAUAAAAUAUAAGAUUAAGCUAAUAAAAUUAAUGAAUUAGAAUUCAUUGCAAAUGAAAAAGCAUAAUUAGAUGUUUAAUAUAAUCAUUUAAAAUAAAAUUAUAACAUUAUAGAAAAUGAUUAUAAUAAAUUAAAUGAAUUAUUAAAAUAGAAAUAAAUUGAAUUAGAAGUCAAUAAAAAUACUAAUAUGCAAUUCAGUUAAAGACUCUAAUAAAAUUAAAUGAAUAAUGUUCUUAUUAAUGAACUUAAAUUAGAAAUAGAAUAAUGGAAAUCAAAAUAAAGUAGAAUGGAAUAAGUUUUUAAUGAUAAUAAAAAAGAAGAUUAAUUUAAAUUAAAAUGUCUAUAAGAAUAAAAUACAUAAUUAACAUCAAUUACUGCUGAAUUAUAAGAAAAAUUGUAACAAAAAGAAACAGAAUUACAACAAUAAAAUAGAAUUUUAUAAGAAACUUUGAAAAAGUUAAGAGAAAAAGAAUAAAUCAUUAAUUAUUAAUCAAAUAAACCUAAUGUUGAUUUAGAAGAAGUCUAAGCUUUGAAGAAUAGAAUUAAGCUUUUAGAAUUGAAUGAUGAAAAGAAUUAUAGUCUUUAAAAAGAAAUUUAAAGAUUAAAUGCUCAAACUGCUUCAUUAAGAUAAGAAUUAGCUACUUAUAAGAAUAAACAUCAUGAUUAUUAAUUUAUGGAUGAACAAUAUCAAAAAUCAAAUAAAUAAAUACAAGAAUUAAAAAGCCAUAUUGUGAAUUUAUAAAAAAAUGAAUGA